AUGGGAAAGAAGCACAUAGUACAGUGUGCCCUGGGUACAUGGAAUUCUCACAAGCCAACAACCAAGCUCUUCAUUGAUGGGAAGUUUGUUGAGUCCAAGACUACUGAAUGGAUUGAUAUCCACAACCCGGCCACAAAUGAAGUGGUUGGCCGUGUACCAAAAGCCACAGCCAGUGAGAUGGAGGCAGCUGUGGCUUCUUGCAAAAAGGCUUUUUGGAACUGGUCAGAAACAUCUGUUUUGAGUCGCCAGCAAAUCUUCCUGCGUUACCAACAACUCAUCAAAGACAAUCUGAAAGAAAUUUCAAAACUCAUCACCUUUGAGCAAGGGAAGACCCUGGCUGAUGCUGAGGGAGAUGUAUUCCGAGGCCUCCAGGUGGUUGAACACGCUUGCAGUGUGACAUCCCUCAUACUGGGAGAGACCAUGCCCUCCAUCACUAAAGACAUGGACACUUAUACCUACCGACUGCCUCUCGGCGUGUGUGCUGGAAUUGCACCAUUCAAUUUCCCAGCCAUGAUUCCUCUUUGGAUGUUCCCCAUGGCUAUGGUUUGUGGAAACACCUUCUUGAUGAAACCAUCUGAACGUGUACCAGGAGCACUCAUGUUCCUUGCCAAGCUGUUUCAGGAUGCUGGUGCCCCCGAUGGGACCCUGAAUAUAAUCCAUGGACAACAUGAAGCUGUGAAUUUCAUUUGUGACCAUCCGGAUAUCAGAGCAAUCAGCUUUGUGGGAUCUAAUCAGGCUGGCGAGUACAUCUAUGAGAGAGGAUCCCGGAAUGGCAAGAGAGUCCAGGCCAACAUGGGAGCCAAGAACCAUGGUGUGGUGAUGCCUGAUGCCAAUAAAGAGAACACCUUGAACCAGCUGGUUGGAGCUGCUUUUGGAGCAGCUGGCCAACGCUGCAUGGCCCUGUCUACAGCAAUUCUAGUGGGAGAAGCUCAAAAAUGGCUGCCAGAGCUUGUGGACAGAGCCAAAAAUCUACGUGUAAAUGCAGGAGACCAGCCUGGAGCAGAUCUAGGGCCUCUAAUCAGUCCCCAAGCUAAAGAACGGGUUUGCCGCCUGGUUGAGCAAGGAAUAAAAGAAGGUGCCAGCCUUCUUUUGGAUGGACGUAAUAUCAAAGUGAAAGGCUACGAAAACGGCAAUUUUGUUGGACCAACAAUCCUUGCCAAUGUCAAGCCAAGCAUGACUUGCUACAAGGAGGAAAUAUUUGGGCCAGUCUUAGUGGUUCUGGAAGCAGACACUUUGGAUGAUGCCAUUGAGAUGGUGAACAAUAACCCCUAUGGAAAUGGAACUGCAAUCUUCACCACAAAUGGAGCCACAGCUCGGAAAUAUUCUCACUUAGUAGAUGUGGGGCAGGUGGGUGUCAACGUUCCAAUCCCAGUACCUCUGCCCAUGUUUUCUUUCACCGGCUCUCGUGCUUCUUUCAGAGGAGACACUAAUUUCUAUGGGAAGCAGGGAGUGCAGUUCUACACACAGCUGAAAACUAUCAUUUCUCAAUGGAAAGAGGAAGAUGCCACCCUUACCAAGCCUGCUGUUGUUAUGCCAACUAUGGGAAACUAAAUCUGCCUUUGCAGAUGCUGUUCCUGGUGCCCUUCUCCUUCUACGCUGCACUUUCCAGCUUUGACCUGACUAUGAUCAUUUCCUCGGGAAUGAAUAGAAAGCUCCAUU